AUGAACAAAAAGAUGAAGUUCCCCCCAGAGCUCAUCAGCGCAAUUCAGGAGGGGAAAUCGGAGCUGGUGGGCGGCCUGCUGAGGACCGGCGACGGCAUCAUCCGCCAGCUGGAGGAGUCUGAGGAUCGCCAGUGGAGGGAGGCCCUCAACCUCUCCAUUCGCCUGGGGAACGAGGACGCCAUGGACGCCCUGCUACAGGGGGUCAAGUUCGACUUCCGGCAGAUCCACGAGGCCCUGCUCGUCGCCGUGGACACCAACCAGCCCAGAGUGGUGAAGCGCCUGCUGGACCGCCUGGACCAGGAGAAAGGCAACAAGAUGGACGUGCGCUCCUUCUCCCAAGCCAUCUUUGACCACUCCAUUGACAACUCCCAGUUUGCUCCUGGCGUGACCCCUCUGACCUUAGCCUGCCAGAAGGACCUGUACGACAUAGUGACCAUGCUGACCCAGAAGGGCCACGUCAUCCCGUGGCCCCACAAGAUCUCUUGUGCCUGUCUGGAGUGUCGCAACGGGCGUCAGUACGACCUGCUGAAGUUCUCCUUGUCCCGAAUCAACACCUACCGUGGCAUCGCCAGCCGGGCCUACCUGUCCAUCACCUCUGACGACGCCAUGCUCAGCGCCUUCAGUCUGAGCAAGGAGCUGCGCAAGCUUUCGCAAAAGGAGCCCGAGUUCAAGCCCCAGUAUCUGAACCUGGAGCAGCUGUGUCAGGAGUUUGCCGUGGAGCUGCUGGGCAUGUGUCGCAACCAGAGCGAGGUCACCACCAUCCUGAACAGCUCUGGAGACGAGAGCCACGACCGCGCGGACGAGCAGGCCUUCGAGGAGGGGAUCCCCAACCUGUCCCGCCUGCGGCUGGCUGUCAACUUCAAUCAGAAACAGUUCGUGGCCCACCCGAUCUGCCAGCAGGUGCUGUCAUCUAUCUGGUGUGGAAACCUGGCCGGCUGGAGAGGCAGCAGGACGGCCUGGAAGCUCUUCGUUUCUGUGGGGAUCUUUCUCACGAUGCCCCUCCUCUGCCUCGUCUACUGGAUAGCACCGAAGUCAAAGGUAGGAAAGAUACUAAAGAUUCCUGUUAUCAAGUUCAUCCUUCACUCAGCCUCCUAUUUAUGGUUUCUUAUCAUAUUACUUGGAGAAUCGAUAACAAUGGAGAUGUAUCGAGACGCUUUUUCUUCCCGGGACCAGAACAUCCUACAGACCUCGCUCCACAUGGUGUGGGUGGCUGGAUUCUUCUGGUACGAGUGUAAGGAAGUGUGGAUCGAGGGGAUGCGGAGUUACUUGCUGGACUGGUGGAACUUCCUGGACAUAAUGGUGCUCAGCAUGUACUUGGCAUCUUUUUCGUUACGAGUGCUCAUCAUGCUCAAAGGUCAAUUCCUCUGCCAAGGCCACAACGACACAGCCGAGUGCACCUACUUCACUCAGACCGCGCGGGACAACUGGCAUCAGGAGGACCCCCAGCUGGUGGCGGAGGUGCUGUUUGCGGUGACCAGCAUGUUCAGCUUCACGCGGCUGGCGUACAUCCUGCCAGCACACGAGUCUCUGGGAACGCUGCAGAUCUCCAUAGGGAAGAUGAUCGAUGAUAUGAUGAGGUUUAUGUUCAUACUGAUGAUCAUUGGAACAGCCUUUCUGUGUGGUAUUAAUAAUGUCUAUGUUCCUUAUGUCGAAUCGCCACAACUUGGCAAGUUUAAUGAGACGUUCCGCUUCUUAUUCUGGACCAUGUUCGGCGUGGUCAACGAGCAGUACGUGGACAUGCCACAGUUCGUGUUCGCAGAGUUCAUAGGACGGAUCCUCUACGGCGUCUACACCCUGGUCAUCGUCAUUGUCCUGCUCAACAUGCUCAUUGCUAUGAUCACCAACUCCUUUCAGAAAAUUGAGGAUGAUGCUGAUGUUGAGUGGAAAUUUGCCAGGUCAAAGCUGUACCUGAGUUACUUCAGGGAGGGGCUCACUAUGCCUGUGCCCUUCAACAUCAUCCCCUCACCAAAGGCCUUCUUUUACCUUUUAAGGAGUUUCUUUAGGCAAAUCUGUUGCUGCUGCACCUCAAGCUCUGAGCAAACGUAUCCUCCUAUAGCCUCCAUGUCACCCAAUCAGGGACCUGAAGACAGCCAGCUGUCCUACCGGCGGCAGGUGAUCAAGGCUUUGGUGCAGCGCUACAUUGAGUCGGCUCGCAGGGAGUUUGAGGAGGCUAAGAGGAAAGAUAUUGGUAAUCGCAUCACUGAACUGAGCAAAGCUGUCUCCCGAAUGCACGGUGACAUGAAGGUGGUCCAGCAGCUACUGAUGAAUGAUGGAAAUGUGUCAAAGGAUGCACUGACUCAGGAUGGUUCGUCAAUACUGGGAAAAUACAUCAUUGGUGCCAAAAACAACUUUAGAGGUUUUAACAGUGGACCAGUGAAAACAGGCUCUUUAGUUAAAGUGACAGUUCACCAUGAAGAGGAAGUGGUGGACGAAGAAAAGUUUGAUUCAAAGCUGGAGUCAGAUCCUCAAGAGAAUCAGGAUCAAUGUGAAUCAGACGAGUUGACGAAGGUGACAGACUGUGAUUUGAUGACGAUGGAGGAAGGUCGAGCAAAACUAGAAAUAGAGGACAAGAACGAAGAGUUAGACUCGGACACAAAUGAAAACAAUGAUAGUGAGAUCAGGGAGGAGGUAGUGGGGGAUGAUAUUGCAGAAGAAGAGGUGAAUACAGAGAACGUAAAUCAGAGAGAAGACUUGGUCACAGACACAAUCACUGAGCAAAACGAGUUCAUCGAAGUCAGCAAUGAAAAAAUAGACACUAAAAAAUUAGUGAAGAAGUUCGAAGACAUAGAGUUGCAAGACAAAGGCAUGGAGGGAAGACGGGGAACAAGUAGGAAGUUUGGGAAUAAUACAGCGCAACAUGAAGCAAAGAAAACCAUUCCCUCGCCUUCAGGAAGCAGUAGCUCCCAGGACACAGGCUUCGGUUCCAGGGAGGGGGAGGGAUCGAUUGAUGGGAUGGUGGGAGAAACAGAUCAGUUUGAUACCGAUCCUUCUGUCGCAUCCUAAAAUGAGCAAUGAGCCACCAAAUUGUAGCAGUAGCCAUCAAUUCACGACUCACUGUAGACAAACAGACCGAUCAGUAAAGUAGUUAUAACUGUGUAAUAAUCACUACUCUUAAAAGUAAAAUACAUCAUUUUCAUGAAACAAUUUCGCGAACGUGUCGGAAACAUCAGCUCUUUGUUGAGGCUGUGGCUUUACGUUGCCUCCGUGUUUGAGUAGGUGCCACACACACCUGAUGCUACAGUGUAACAGCGCAGGUCUCAGCUUGUUUUACACUUAUUGCUCCCAUGGGUUCACAUGAACAUACAGUAGCAGUUUAUUAUUUCAUCAUCUGUCCCAGGACACAGGGCCCCCAGAGUUCCCUUUGCUACAGUGAUACCUGACUAAUGUCUGUUUAUCCUGCUACAGAAUCCAUGUCCUCACCAGCCAACCUUUAGUCACAGAUACUAUUAUUUCUCCUAAAUGACUACAUAUUUUAUUAAACACUAGCCAUUAAAUCCCAGUUAACAAGCU